UAUGGUUUUUUAUUUUCUUUCGAAUUUAGUAGCAUUAUAAUUCUUCUGCGUUGCGUUUUCGCCUGUACAUAAGUAGUGAAUUCGGAUCGGAAUUAUUGAUGAACUCUUUAUCCGUAAUUCAUCAAAUACUUACAAGUUUCCUAUAUUUAGUACUAAGUAAUUCGUGUGUGUAGAACGCGUAACAAAAUGGCAGAAGAAGUACCUGUAAGCGAUGUUCUUUGUGAUGCCAUGGAAUAUUUGUGCAAGCUCGGAUCGAAUUUGAGAACGCGCUCUCAAAACCUUAAGGAUAAGAGAAUUAGCAAAGACAAGUUGCGAAAUUCCCACGCGGUGCGUAAAGCGGCGUCUAAGGUGUUAUUAAUAUGCGAAUUAUCACGAAAAUCGCUGGAGAAUGUCGAAAACGGCGUUAAAAGGGUGUUGACGCUUGUAGACGCCUCGCGGUGCUCGCCGGUGACAGUUGGCGCCAAAGAUGAAAACUACUCAAGGAAUAAGAAAAAUUACUUCUACUUUGAACACGAUUCUUGUAGGUUAAGAAUUUCUGAGAAAAUAUUAUUAGGGCAUUAUACGUCGGUCAAAGUUCAUGCUAAAAGUAUGCCCGAGUCUAUGAUGGAUAAGUAUCCUGUGUAUUACAACUGUCGUCUAUAUAGAAAACGACAAGAAUCUUUAAAAGACAGUGGUAAUGUCACUCAAAAAACUAAUAAAAGCGAGGAUAAUUCCUCUAAAUCUGAGAGGGUUGAGGAAAGUGACAAAUCAGAUUCAGAUGUGUCAUCUAGUGACAAAAACAUUAAGGAUAAGACUAAAAAUAAGAAGAAACAAAGUAAAGGCAUUUUAAGUUCAGACGACAGUGAUAAUAGUACCAAAGAAAAGGAAGCAGAUGGUAAAGGCAAGAAUAAGCAGAAAUGCAGGUCCUUCGAAAAUAAGACAAAGGAAUCUGAUGAUGAAACAAGUACAGCUAUUCACAGUGAUGGCAGCUUUGAAGAUAAAAAUGGAGAGAAUAAAAGCAGUGAAAAAGAAAGCAAUGAUAGCCAGAAAGAAACUGCAAGCCCCUCAGCUAAAGCAAAAAAUAAAGCUAAAAGCCCUGAAAGAGAUGUAAGUAGUCUUGUAGACACAAAUAAGCAAGUGAUUAAUGAGGAAAAGUCAAACAAAAAUGAAAAUAAUCCAAUUAUUUCAAGUGAUGAAGAAGACAUAUGCAAAAAGUCUAAAAAAAUAUAAAAAGUGUUGUGUCUGAC